AUGGCUAAGAGCAUCUGUCCCACUUGUUCCUGUACAGAGAUUGAUGUAGUGGAUAUUAGUGGUGAGGCAGUAUGUGUCAGCUGUGGUACAAUUCUUGAGGAAAACAAUAUCGUGUCUUCUAUCGAGUUUCAAGAGUCCAGCGGCGGUGCGCACUCUGUCGUGGGGCAAUUUGUAUCGGCCACAGCCUCUAAAUCCUAUGGUAACAUUGGCACUAGUGGAAGAAACUAUGGAGUUGAAUCUCGCGCUAAUACUCUUGCCAAUGGCAAGAAAAAGAUUCGUCAAAUUGCAGGCAUGUUGAGACUCGGAGACCAUUACGUGGAUUCGGCCUUUCGUCUUUUUGCGCUGGCACUGCAGCGCAACUUUACGCACGGCCGCAAGACGCAGACAGUUAUUGCCGCAUGUAUAUAUAUUGUUUGUCGUCGAGAGCGCUCGCCGCACUUGCUAAUUGACUUUUCGGACAAGCUACAGAUCAACGUGUACGUACUAGGCGGCGUCUUUCUUAAAUUUUGCAAAUUGCUGCAGAUCCACCUGCCGCUCAUUGACCCUUCGCUCUACAUCCACCGCUUUGCGUCGCAACUCAACUUUGCAGGAAAGACACACAGUAUUGCUACCACGGCGCUGCGCCUUGUGGCCACUAUGAAGCGUGACUGGAUUGAGACAGGUCGCCGUCCGUCGGGUAUAUGUGGUGCAGCUCUGCUUAUUGCAGCACGCUCGCAGUCGAUAACGUGUAGUCUGCACGACGUCAUGGAUGUCGUUAAUAUUGGAGAACGGACGCUCAAGCAGCGGCUGUACGAGUUUUCACUUACCCCGACAGCACAAUUGACCUACGACCAAGUUGGUAAGCUUGAAAUGUCGCGCGUUGAGUGUGACCCGCCUAGUUUUCAGCGCCACCGUGAAAAAGAAGUUAUAGAAAUGAUGCUAGCGAAAUCGGAAAUAUUGUCUUUGGAGCAGAAGUCGGAUUUGAAGCAAUUGAAAAGGGUACGAAGUCACUUGGAUGACGAUAGUGAUGACGAAUGUAAGGGCAGCGCCCUUGCCAUAGGCUUGUUGGGCAAAAAUACGCAGCUUAUAAGGGAUGAGGAAAUGUCGCGUCUCUUGAGUGGCGUUGCUUACUGUAAGAAAAAACAAGCACAAGCUUUACUCGGUAGCAAUGGCGCAAUUGUACGAUUUAAUGGUUUGUUGAAUGAAAAAGGCCUUGCUGGUGGAGAUGACGACGAAGACAUUGAUUAUGGAUUUGACAACGCAAAUGACCAGAUUGUUAACCGUGCAAGUCGUUUGGCAGCACAUGAGGUUUUGCUUCAUGUACGUAAGAAAUCGGCUCGCUACAUGAUGCGAAAGCGUGAUGAGACGACCUUUUACAAGACAGUAGAACGUGAUCUGACAUUGGCACUUGAAGAGGACAAUUCAUUAGCAAAGGUUAGCCGAAGCGGAGAAAAGGGAAAAUCUGACAACGCCAAUGGUAAUACUGAGCAUAUUACUAAUUCUACGUUCUCAGCAGACGAUGAAGACUGUAGUCCAAAAGCAAGGAGACGAAGGCCGCGUGGCAUAGCUAAUGCUAGUAUUGAUCGCGAAGAGUGGGGAAGACAAAGGCUAAGUGGUGAUACAUAUGAGCACGAAGAAGCUAUUGAAGACUUAAAUGCCGAAGACAAAGUGGUAGAGGAAGAGGUUGCCAUGGGGAAAGAAUGUUUUGAGGAGAAAAUUGUGGAUACGUUGUCCGACUUGGACGAUGAUGAAAUCAACUCAUUAUUGUUGACACGAGAGGAGGCGGAAAAGAAAAGGCUAUUGUGGGAGAAGAUGAACAAAGACUUUAUUCAAGAGCAGGAACAGAAGCGGCUACUUAGUUUGUUGGCACCUGACGUUUCAAAGAAGAAAAGGAGAAAAAAGACUCUUGAUGUGAACGCACCGCCUCCGGACACGGCGCAACACGCAAUAUAUGUGAGCAUACAAAUUAAAAAGCCGAAGAAUCAACUACGAAGUCAUCGACGAACUGUUUGGGGAAGCGGCGAGCAACGGUUUUUAAUACGUAUUGCAUCAUAA